AUGCGUCGAGUCAGUGCCUAUGCUGUACUGUGCCUAGGCGCCGCCGUUGCUCACAUUGGGUCUGCCAACAACCUUCCAUCGAGCCCGCGACUCGUGGACACAGAUAACCAUGCACCCGGGACCGGGCCAUAUCAAUUGACUCCUGUGGUUGUCAGACAUGAUGAAAAUGAUGAUCCUUUGGUCCCGGAGAUUCCCAACGAAGAGUUAUAUUAUGGCAACGACCCAUUUUACCUCGACGAUUUUGAACCCAGGAAUAUUGCUGCUCCGGCUCCAGAUGACUCGGAAAGCAGCCCCAGCAUUGAUGGUGGGUUCGGCCUGGCCCCGAAGGCAAGACGCAAAAGGGCCGCACCUAGGGUAGGUGGGAUCCCAAAGCCUUCCCUGCCUCCUCCCGCUCCAAAUCCUGCCGCGACCGCGACCGAUGUGAGCGAAGAGGUGGCCAUUAGUGAAAUUGGCAUUCUGGUCGAUGAUACCAAAGCCAGUCUUAUUCCCAAAAUCUGCAGGUCGCGUGAAUUCCAGCCAACGAUGGAGAACUACUGGGUAUCGGGAACCGACACCUUCUUGCGAGAUUAUUCGAGGGACAAUCAGGGCUCCACUAAUUAUCAGAAAGACGGCCUCUUCAGAUCCCUAGCGAAGAUGUAUCUGGGGGAACAUACUAACCUGGAGUGCUCGUUUCGCGGUGGCACUUUCACAGGCAGGAAGUGCAAGAUCUCUUGUAGCGAUGUUUUGAAAUGCGUUAACAAUCCUGAAUUGGGAAGGAAGGUUUACUUCUCCCUAGCCGCGGCCGUUGGGUUUUCAGAGGUCAUGGGGGUCAUGCAUGUAAGUGAGCUAGAUUAGCAUGUGACGUUGAUACUGAUGUAACGCAACAGGACUCUUUCUCUCUUAUCCCGGAGAGACUGAUCUCCAUGAUCGGUCUAAUGCCCCAGUUAGAAUAUACUUUCGGAAAAUUAGGCGUUCAAGAUAUGCUUCGCUCGGAGGCACAAUUCUUUUUGAAAUCUCUCCAUCAUGCCGUUGUUGGAGCUGCGCCAUGGCAUACUGUUGAGAAGGUUUCCGAGGGAGCUGAUGCUAGUCUGGCCCGGGCAAAGAGUGAUUAUGACAGCGCCAUCCAGGUUUACGGGAUGGUCGAGGGCGGGAAUGACCCGUACAAAUGGGAUAAACUCUUCGACCCUCACUAUGAAAUGAGCAUUUCCGACCUUGACCUACCACACUCUGAUGCCGCAGGCUACGUUUUGGAGGAUUCAUCCACAUCAGCUGAGGGUUGGCAUGGGAAGACCGUCGAGAGAGCGAAGCAUGUUUUGCUAGACCUUGUGGCAUUCAUCCGGUCAAUUAAUUCAGGAGAGCUCGAUAUGGCUAGGGAAUCGGGGUAUUCGGUUCUCGAGAGUCUCUUUGACCGCAUUGGGGACUCCAUGGGCUCGGGGAUGGACUUUCUGUCGGCUGAAGUUCCUCAGCAAGUCGCAUCGCGAACCAAAACGGGCAUCGCACAGGCUGUCGAAGAAAUUCUCCUGGGGAAAAGUAUUGACUCUGAUGGUAAGGAAUUGAACUAGCCUUCUGCUCUUACCCUCUCGCAACAGGCAUAUUGAUUCUGACGCACAAGUGAUUUAGGAUCUACAAAUCUUUCAAAACUCUUGUCCUACGGAAACUACCUCCCCUUGGGCUACAAACCAAAUGUCUCUAAGCUCAAAAACGCAAAUCCAGCAGAGUAAGUCUUCCACGGUCAAUUUUGGCCCCUCUGCAAUGCUAAAAACAUCGCCCUGUAGGAAACUCUCCAAAAACAUCUUUAUGAGAUUAUUCAACCUGAGCUUCGAAGGAAAAAAACACUAUAUCUCCUGUACCAAGGAUACCCAGAGGCGCAGCACCCCUAAGAAGGACACUCCCGGGCCGAGGAGCGCAUGCGAGAGGGAUAACUCCGGGCCUCAGAAUCUCAAGGCAUGCGUUGAGGGUUAUGCUUGCUAUAUGUAUAGAUGGAGCGAGCGCGAUCUUAGCUACCUAUCCCACAACAAGAGUCCCAAGGGUAUGGAAAAAUGGGACGAGCCUCCUUUCAACAUUUCCGCUGAAGUAAGUUCUGCCACGUUCCUCUCGCUUGUCCAUCUGUUAACAGGAAACUAUCACCCACAGAAUAUAAUUACCUCUUCCGUCCAAUCCCUGCUUCAAGAACUUGGGCGUGGAGAAGGUAGAGGCUCACUGGAUGAAAUCCUCAAAGCCACAGAAGGUGGUCUCAUCUCACUUGGUGACCCCUCCAUUCCCGGCCUCUUCCGUCUCCCAGUCUGCUUCUCCCGCUAUAAUUGGAACGCCCAAGUCACGGGUUGGGGCAUCCUCAGCGAUACCGAUCCCAACUGCCCGGCAAAGAACUUCCCAUGUCACUGCGGCCCCUGGGGGCUGGAGACCGAGUCUGUUUGGCGUGAAAUGGGCGUAGGCCAGGGCAAGAAGCGAGGCAAUUAUGCUCAGAACUUGUGCCCACGUCAAAUAUCUCGUAAAGUCGAGGAUCCGGUGGAGAGGUACAUGGCUUACUGCGCUCUUGACAUUCGCCGUAAUACCUUCACUACUAGAGUCAAUGGUCCCUUCAAAUACUCUGGGAAGGAUAAGUAUUGUGUCGUUUUCCAGGGCAUCAUUGAGCUCAAGGGAUACGAGUCUAUUGAGGAUAUGGACCCCGAGGUUAAGUUUGCCUUCGCUUGCAAGAUUAAGAAGGGUGGGAAGGGCUGCUCAAUGUACGGCAGGAUGUUUGAUGGCCUGUGGGAGGAGGCCCUUGAUGCCGGGUAUUUGAGCCCUAAGAAUGGGCCAAAGAAACCCUCGUAGUUUAAAAAGGAUUGAAGAACCCCGUUUCGGGUUGGCCACCACACAGUUUGGGGUACCGUGGGGGGUGAAAAUGUGAUUUUUUUUUCUUUUGUAUAAACCCGGGCUGUGUUCUGUAAGGCUAGCUAGGUUUUGUCUCUUGAUAGUGUUUGGUUGUGACUGGCCACAGUGAUGCACUGUGGACUACUCGAGUACGUAGGGUGUGAUAAAAGGGAUGUUUUCUCCCUUCCCUUUUCCAUAACUGGCGAACGAGACAAAUUCAAGGAACACGAGGGGAGCAGCGAGCAAGCAACGACAAACACGGGACCUUGUAUCUGCGUUUGGGAAUUCUACUCUGUUUGUUCUUUCUGUUCUUGGCAUCGGAUUUGAUUUGUAUGGACCUAUUCUGGGAUACUCUUGCGUGCGUGAAGGCGCCAAUUGCCUGUGUGAUUUGAAAGUGAGUGAAGCUUACCCGUUUUGUGUGUUUGGUUUUUCGACCCCGAUGCGUCCUUUUUAGUACUAGUGGUUUAGGUCAUC